AACAGCACAUGUCCUUUCCGAUGCUCCUGUAGCAGCAAAUGCCAAGUACUUUCGGAAUAUGUGGCAACGCUCCUAAUGUGAAAGGAUUUGACGAUGUUUGUGUAUUUAGAACAAAACUUAUUACCAAGCAGACGAUUGAUCCAGCGGUCAUCGGCCGGAAGUGAUGGGUCCCGUACUCUGCUACUGGGAUGUGAGGUCCCUGGCACAACCCAUCCGCAACCUUCUCGUCUACAAGGGAGUCCAGUUUGAAGACAAACAGUUCAAGGUCGGCCCCCCUCCCGAGUACGACAAGUGGCACAAGGCAAAGUCCACGCUGGGCCUGACGUUCCCCAACCUGCCGUACUACGUCGACGACGACGUCAGGUUGACCCAGAGCUUGGCCAUCCUUCGCUACCUGGGAAGAAAGCACGACCUCGUGGCCCGGAACGACAAGGACACUGCGGAACUGGACGUCAUCGAGCAGCAGGCGCGAGAUCUGUGUCUCCUUCUAGCCUACGGCGUUGUACCAGAUGCUAAGCUCGAGCACGGUCUCGAAUCAUACGCCAAGAAACUGGACCAGGUCCUGGGUCCCUGGAACGACUUCCUGGCCUGCCGGAAGUGGACAUUGGGGGAAAGGCUGACGUACGUGGACUUCCUCCUCUACGAAGGACUCGACUGGCACCGAGAGUUCCAACCGGAGACGUUGCAGCGGUACCCGCACAUUGUGGAGUACAUGAACAGGUUCGAAGAACUGCCCAACAUCAAGGAGUACUUCGCCUCGGACCGGUACAAGAAGUGGCCCAUCUUGAGCCACCUCAGGAAGUGGGGCUACAACAAGCCAUCCGAAGGGCAUGAGUAGGCGCCGGUUUUGCUAUUCGCUGGAUAAACGUGAUUUUGUUGUGCAACCCGCAGUACAUCGGCACUGGUAGCUGAUGCGACCCGUGUGGCUAAACAAAGUGGCGAUUCGCUUCAUGUGUCAUAUGUAUUUAUUGCUCUUGUCACUUUCGAAUACAGGAGGCACACCGUUAUCACUAUUAGUGUGUUCGUUAUUUUGAUUAUUCGUCGGACACGUCAAAUAAGGGCUGCUAGGACAACUU